AUUAAACUUAGAGGUGUAUGUGAAAAUGGAAAGGGAAAGAAACAACAAUAUUAUAGAAAUUUCAAAACCUUACGUCUUGUGUUUGUUAAGCAAUUUCUGCUUUGCAGCUUUCAACAUAAUUUCCAAGCUUACUCUAGAUAAUGGCAUGAGUCGUUAUGUUCUUGUUGCCUAUGGACAUGCUCUUGCGACUUUAACCACUGCUCUUCUCGCACUUCUCUUUGAAAGGAAAAAUGAAAGCAAACUGAGUUUACCCGUUUGUGGAAACAUCUUCUUCUUGGGCCUUCUCGGAGCAAUAUUAAGGACAACGUAUCUUGCGGGAAUGGAAUGCACAUCUUCAACAUUUGCAUCUGCUAUGGGCAACUUGAUCCCUGCUAUUACUUUUCUUUCGGCAAUUUGCUUCAGGAUGGAGAAAUUAGUGUUGGGGAAGUUUAGUAGCAAAGCACAGAUUGUAGGAACUGUGGUUUCAUUUGGUGGUGCAACGCUUAUGACACUCUAUAAGGGCAUUGUUGUAAUUUCACUGCAGCUUGGACACAAUAAAAGAGCUCACUCCCAAUCAAAAGUAACCCUAGAUCAAGAUUGGAUAAAGGGCUCCUUCCUGCUUCUCGUUCAUUGUCUCUCAACAGCUAUACUCUACAUCUUACAGGCAAAAACAAUAAAGAAAUAUCCAGCACCAAUAGCUCUUACAACAUUAAGUUGCCUAGUAGGAACUGCAAUUUCAACUAUUGUGGCAGCUAUUUUAGACCAUAAAGCUUCAUCAUGGAGAUUGUCCUGCAAUAUUUCUCUUGUUGCCACUCUUUAUAGUGGGAUUGUGAUAUUUGGAAUCAUAGUGUACGUUCAAAUGACGGUGAUAAGAAAAAAAGGUCCAGUUUUCGUCACAGCAUUUAGACCUUCUUCGACAGUUCUCGCGGCUGUUAUGGGAGUGCUUAUUCUAGGAGAAGCCUUGCACUUGGGAAGUGUGUUAGGAGCUGUACUGAUAAUAGUUGGGUUAUAUGCGAUUCUCUGGGGAAAGGAACAGGAGAAAGCAAAAGAGAAUAAAUUGCCAAAUCUUGCAAUAGUUGCAGUAGAUCAUUCUAUCAAGGAGAAGCCAGACAGCAAGUGAUGAUUAAGAGGGUGGUGACUCAAAUCUGAACCUACCAUGUAAGUGAUAUAACCUAAAAUUUCACAAGUUGAGCGUGGAGCCAUUGAAGCUUAGCUUCAAAUGUGUACCAGACAAAGAUUUGGUCAAUAAACUAUCUGCAAUUUGGUAUGCAAUAAAUACAUAUGCAAUUCAACCUUAAGCUCUGUUGGGUGACGAUCACAAAUUAAGAGGAAAAGUGAUUGUAGCGAGUAUUU